AGAUUGAUACAGUUGCACGUUGGUCAAGUAAAAUCUCGAGGCUUUUGUUUGCUUUCAGCAUUGCAAUGGCGCCUGGAUCCUCUAGUAAAGCUAUGACAAGUACUGCCCCGUCUGUUUUUGGUGAUGGUGUUUCAAACACCUCUGCUGCUCCGUCCGCCGCCGCCCAAGGUUUUGAUUUUGGUGUAUCUUCUUCUUCAAACCCCAUUCCUCACAGUGUUGGUUUUGUUCCACCUUCGAACAUCUUUGCUACUCCUCCGGAGGGAAGUAUAACUAAUGGAAGCCAUCAAUCUCUUUUUAGCAGUAGCAGCAGCAAUGUUAAUUUUAACUCAGAAUCUGUUUCUUCAAUCUUUGACACCAACAACAAUAAUUCUCUUUUUGGUAAUGUUUUAGGCCUAUUUGGUACAGGCAGCACAACCAAUCACCUAGCUCCAUUGGGAUCAAAGUGUUGGGUUUUUUUUUUUUCUUUGUUUUUGACCCAUGAGGAAAGCCCAACUAUUGAGCACAUUAAAGUCUUAUUUAGACUUUUUAUUUUGGGAGCAUAUUAUUAAAAAAAACGGGUCUGCCACUAUCUAAAAUAUAAGGACAGAAAAGAGAGGAGAAUUAUAUAACAAACACAUAACAGAGAAAGAGAAAAGAGAGAGGAGAAGAGAAGAGAAUACACAGCAGCAGAAAAGUUCCGUUUCCCGUAGAUUAAACCGUUGGAUCGUCGUGAUUUUUGGACAGCAGCUACACAGCAUCUGGGUCAAUAUUUUGGACGGUGGAGAUCGAGUUUUGAGGUCUGGAGGUCGGGUUUCGUUGGUCUAGACAGUAGCUAAUUUUCUGAUGAUAUAUUUCUUAUCUUGGCUCUAUUUUGAUUCCAUACACCUUGAUGUGCUUACUUCCAAGGAUAUGAUGAUUUUGUAUGCCUCUAGUAUUAUCUAGAGAAGACUUUGUAUUGCUCCUUUGAUGAUGAUAGUGGAUUUAAGCGGCCAAAAUGGUCCCGUGGUUUUUCCCUAGUUUA